AUGGCUAAAGCGUACAAUUCUAUUGAAUGGUCUUUUAUGGAGAGUGUUCUGAAGGAGCUUGGUUUCCCUUAUAAGUUCAUUGGCUGGAUCAUGAGGUGUAUUUCUUCCGUGUCUUAUUCUGUGCUUGUUAAUGUUAUCCGCUCUAAGCCUUUUGCUGCUAAGAAAGGUUUAAGGCAGGGAGAUCCUACAUCCCCUUUCCUCUUCGUUUUGGCUAUGGAAUACUUUUCUAGGAUGCUUAAGAAGGUUAAAGGUGGGGAUAUUAAAUUUCAUCCUAAAUGUGGGAAGACUACUACUAUGGAGCAUUUUUUUGUUGAUGAUUCGCUUAUUUUUACUCAGCCUGAUAUUUCUUCUUUUGUCAAGUUGAGAACAACGAUUAAUGAUUUUGUUUGUGUUUCUGGUUUAUAUAUCAAUAGUAGUAAGAGUGCUAUCUAUUUUGCUGGUGUUCCUAUUAAUGAUGAAGAUUGUAUUCUUAAUGCCAUUGGUGUUCCCAAAGGGGCUUUCCCUUUUCAUUAUCUGGGUUUCCCUCUUUCUACUAAGAGGCUUGAUUUUAAUGAUUGUAAAUCUCUUGUUGAUAGAAUCACUGCUCGGGUUACUCAUUGGACUAGUAGGCAGCUUUCGAUGGCUGGCCCAAGUUUUUGUCCUCUCCAGCGUAUUAUUGAUAUGGUUGAUCAGGUGUGUAAUAAUGUUUUUUGGGCCUUGGAUAAGAAGAAAGGGACUAAGCCUAGGGUUGCUUGGAAAAAUAUUUGCAUGCCUCGUGUUUUGUGGCCUUUGGCCUACAAGAAAGAUAGGCUUUGGAUUAGAUGGGUUCAUGAUUACUACAUCAAGGGAGCUGAUCUUAUGCAUUACUUGAUUUCUACCUUGGCUUCUUGGAUAUUAGCCCGCAUCAUUGAUAGUAGGAAACAUGUUUCUAGUUGGAGUGAGCUUCAACAAUGUGGUGUGGCGGAAUACAGAAGAUCGAGAUCAUCUGUUUGGGACUUUGCUGUACAAUUGAUUAGUAAGCUUAGUAAGAGGAAGAGUGCAAAGGCUUGUAUCACUGUGAUGUUGUGGAUUGACAUUUUGUAUCAGGUGUGGCUCCAAAGGAAUGCGCGCAUCUUUAAGGGGGAAAUCUUUUUUCCUUAUCAUGUUGCUAAGAAUGUUCUCUUUUAUGUUGCCUGUAGGCUUGAUGAUGUUAGGAAGGCUAGUCUUAUUGUUAGUUGUUUUGUUGGGUUUUGGGGCUUUGUUUUUGGCCUUCUUGUUUUGGCUUUUGUGCUUCAUUUUGCGUGUUAA